AUGGCGGCCGUGUCCGUGUUCCCGUCGUCGCGGGAGCUCGGCCCGGCGCUGGCGCGGAUCGUGGCCGAGGCGGCGGCCGAGGCGGCGCAGGGGGAGGGCGGGCGGUUCUCGCUGGGGCUCUCGGGGGGCUCCCUGGUGGAGCUGCUGGCGCGAGAGCUGCCGCCCGCCCUCAGCGCGGCCCCCGCCGCCGCCGACCCCGCGCGGUGGCUCGUGGCCUUCUGCGACGAGCGGCUGGUGCCACCCGAGCACCCCGAGAGCACCUGCGGCGCGUACCGGGCCCAGCUGCUGCCCCGGCUGCCCCCCCCCGGCCCGCGGGUGCGGUCGGUGACCCCCGGGCUGGGCCCCGCCGCCGCCGCCAGAGACUACGGGGAGCAGCUCCGAGGAGCUUUCCCGGGGCAGGAGGUUCCUGUGUUUGACCUGCUGGUGCUGGGGGUGGGCCCGGAUGGACACACCUGCUCCCUGUUCCCAGGGCACCCCCUGCUCCAGGAGCAGGAUGAGAUCGUCGCUGCCCUCGAGGACUCCCCAAAGCCGCCACGGCGGCGGGUGACGCUGACGCUGCCGGUGCUGAACGCGGCGCGGAGCGUCCUGGUCGUGGCCACCGGCGCCUCCAAGGCCCCCGUGCUCAAGCGGAUUUUGGAGGGAAGGAGGAGCCCCCCCUCCCCCCGAGCACCUCGUCCGGCCGCGCUCCGGGCGCCUGCGCGGCUCCUGGAUGAGGCAGCGGCCGCGGAGCUCAGCAUUCCCAUGGAAAAACACCUCUGGAGUGUAGAGCUGGGGAUGGAUCCACGGCAUUCCAGGAGCUGGGUGUCCCCCCUGGGAAACACUCCGGGUUUUAGAGCCAGAGAUGAGUCUGGUGACAUUCCAGAGCUGAGUAUUCCCAUGGAGAAACAUCCAGAUUGUAGAGGCAAUGCGGAUCCAUGCAUUCCAGGCAGGAAUAGGGAAUCCCAUGGGCUGUGACCCAAAACAUGGGAUUUUUUUACUCUUUUGUGGGAUCAAACGGUGCUUUGCAGAGCUUUCCAUGGAAUAAUUCCUUAGAUUUGCUGGGGGUUGGAAUCAUGUGCAUGGACAGGAUGAUUUUGUGCUGGAGCAUUUGGAAUCCACGUGGGAACUGGGAUGGAGGGACUGGGAGGGAGGAAUGGGGGGAAAUGGGCUGGAAUGAGUGGAUUUGAGUCUGACAUUCCAGGCAGCCCAGGAGCUGAGUAUUCCCAGUAUUCCCAAAACACUGCAGAGCAUAGAGCUGGUGCUGAAUCCAGGACAUUUCAAGCAGGGAAUAGGGAAUCCCACGGGCUGUGCCCCAGAACGUGGGAUUUUGGACUGUUUUUGGGAACAAACGGUGCUUUGCUGAGUGUGAA